AACGACUUCUCUUGCUAUACAAACAAAGGCAGAUUACUGGGUGCUUUCUUUAAGUUCUUUCUAAGAAACUGAAGGUUUCGUUAUUAAUUACCACUUCAGUUUACUUUUCUUUCAGUUUCAGAAACUUGAAUUGUUCAGUUCUCAUUCACAAUUAAGUGGCUGUUAGUUUAUUAGAUCAUCUGAUAUUGCCCUUUUCCAAUUCCUUCUUGUUGUUUUGCUUCAUUUCUUGAGGGAUCAAUGGAACAAAAUCUUCUGUCCCACCAUCCCAAUGGGCGAAAUAACAAAUCAAAAGGGUUGGAUAAAAAGAGUUGUCUUCAGGUUGUUUUGCUUAUAGCAGUCUGUUUAUGGUUGCUACACCAAAUCAAGAAUUCACACCACCACAAUGGGAAUCCUAAAAAUCCAAGUGAAAGAAACGUAAAUAAUAUUGGUUAUUUAUUAGGCCGCAAGGGAAUACUAAUGGAGUAUGAAAAAAGAGACGGAGGUGUAGGAGACGAUGAGCUUGAUGCGAACCUAAUUGAUGAUUUAGAAAACGGAUUGAAACUCGAACAACAAGAACUAUUUCACGAUCAAGUGCUAAAUGGUGGAGACUAUAACAAUAAAGCAGCCAAUUCUCUUAAAAAACAAGUCAUAUCUCAUACUGAAAAUGUAAAUCAAGAAUCUGAGAUUGAGAUGGUCAGUGAUCAUACUAAUAUUGGUGAAAAUGUUGAGGCAUUUCUUGAUGAGAACGGGAUUCCACCAGAUGCAUCAUAUGUGAGCCUAGAUGAUCAGGUUGAUCAGUCAAAGAAUAUAUAUAUCAAUUAACAAUGUCGCAGGCUAUAGUGAACUAACAUAUAUACUUGAUAUUGAAUUGAAAGUGGCAAAUCAUACACUUGGUCUCUGAUAUGCAGACGCCUAAUGACCUAAUAGAUUUUUGAUGUUAUAUGAUCGAAUCAAUAUGAAUAAUGGCACUUCUUUCAAAGUAGGCAAAAAGAAGUGUGUAUUAAUACUUAUAGUGUAUUUCCCUGUAAGAUUACAAAAAAUGUUGCCAAUAUAAAAUAGAACAAUAAAGCUUCAACUUGAUGAAGAUGAAUGUCUUGAUCAAGAUGAAUCUACUAAUUAUAGCAUUUUUUUGUUUAAUUUUUUUUCUCUUAUUUAAUUGUAGACAAGGAGUGGGAGAGAAAGAUACAUUCAGAAUCUAGCUGUAAUUUGAUAUUGGCCCUGCUUUGAAGAACUUAAGACAUCUUAUAUCAA